AUGGUGGGCCCGAAGGUUGUCACGACAAAUGCCCUGACCGCAUCCGGUCACCUCUCUUGGACGGAUAUACCGCGUUUUCAGCACCUGACCUCUAUGCAUGGUGACUGGAUUUACCAACGCAUUGAACGCCUCGCCUCUCGCCUCUCUUUCUGCAGCCAUCUUCCCCCUCGGAUAAGUCACUCGCGUAGACAGGGUCGCAAGAAUAGCAGAUACGGCACAUCGUUUGGCUCUGUGGACGGACUUACCGCAGAUUGA